UGCUCGUUGAUCAAAGUUCAAAUCACACGUCUCUCUCACUCUCUGCAGAUUACUCCGGGGGCUAGUGUAGUGUGGAGGAGGACACACAUUUGAGAGAGGUUUGAGGGUACAGACUCACUAACUGGUGCGAUUAGGGCCGUGUAGUAUGUCCAGACUUGUCCAAGCCUGCACACACUGACAUGGGAAGAGAGAAAGGGAAAGAGGGUGACCCGUUGUUUGGAUUCCACAGCUCCCUGACUGCCACUGGACUCACAGAUGAGUCUCACAAAACCCAAGUGUAAAUCUGCCUACAAGACGUGUGACAUCCUUGACGUGACGUGCUCUUACUGCUACUGAUUCCGGCGAAUCCUCCAACGUCAUUUUGCAAUUCUAGUUAGGAAAUAGAACCAGAUGGAUGACGUGGAAAGGAUCAACAAGGAGACAGGGGAGCUGAGCACUUCGGGGGAACAUGCCGUCGCCCCGGACCUGAAUCUGAAUGAGGGGGUGGAAAUGGGGGAGAGAGGGGGACAACCCCAUGCCCAUACCUUACGGAUCCUCAGAGAGAUGCUCCAACAGCUGGAGAUACACACACAAGAUGGAAGUGAGGGAACCUCCAGACAGACGCAGACGCAUCUCUCCCCCAACCACACACACUCCCAGGAAAACACUGUGCACCAGGGCCAAAUACUUGCACCCCUCCCCCCUGACCAGAGAGAAGGACACUUAUUCCGAAUACUGCCAAUCUACAUACAGGUAUGUGAAAGUGCUGUUGGAACCGAGGAGCUGGAUCUGAAGAGUCUAGCUGCUCUGUCUGCAGAGACGGUGAUAUCCAAUAUCCAUGACAGGCUCGCCAAAAAACCUGCAGAGGAGGCUCGCUACGAUGUGCAGCAGUACUUCCAAGAAAGAGGACGGAUGGACAACACAGAAGACAAAAGUCAGGCAGACCACAAAGAGGCAGACAGGAGUGAGACUGGUGUCAGACAGACAGACAAGAGUGAAACAGAUGACAGACAGACAGAUAGGAGUGAGACAGACCACUGGACAACGCAAGCAGGCAACAAAGGAUGGCUUCUGUUGAAGACUCUGUCUCUUCUGUUUGCGACAGAUACUAGGGACUCGAUGUUGGUUGUAAAGCCAGGUCUGCCGGCAGCUCUGGUGAAGUGUCUGUACCUGCUAGUUUGUCUACCGGCCAGGAAAGAGGAAACGGGAGGAGAGGAAUCAUUUGAAGAACUCCUCACACAGGUCUUGGUACAGCUGUGCAGUUAUCCCUCAAGUGUGAAAGAGAUGAUGGAGACUCCAGAAUUGCAGUGUCUUAUCAUCUCACUCACAUCGUUGCAUGACCUGACUAGCUCCCCCUGGAGGAAUAAGGCGUCACGUGUCCUCAGAGCGGUCUCUGCUGCUAAGACUACAAAUACCAUCCCCUGCCUACAGGCUAAGAACUGUGUGCGUAUCUGUAUCCAGAACCUUCAGCGCAUCAGUGACCAUGCCCCAGGUCCAGUCUUAGCUGAAUUGACUGCCACAGUGUUCAGCUUCAUCAGUGACUCGUACCAGCUCAACCCCGCUCUGUUCACUGAGUUUGAAACCAACCAUGGAUACAAUGUCCUACAGGACAUCAUGACCAGGUGUGAAGAAGGAGUUCCAGAGGAGCAGUUUAGACCAGUAGAGGACCUGUUGUCUCUGAUUGCAUCUCUCUGUCUGUUUGGGAGGUCGGAGCUCAAAGUGGCUCUCUGUGUCACCAACCCUCAGCCACCCGGGUUCAAGUUUGACCCCUCAAUCAGCACAGGCUCAGCAGUAAAGAACCUAUCAGCAUUCCGUCUGCUUCAGCGUUCCUUCCAGCGGUCAGAUGACCUGCUUCUCUGCAGCCAGAUCCUAAGAACCAUUCGGUCUGUGUGGUCAUGGAACAGGGCCAACUUUUUUCUGUUGGAGUGGACCGUACAGUCGCUGGCCCAGGUGGCUCAGUGUGUCUGGAGGAAACCGCCAGCUGUACACAGGCUGUUCUUCUCCAUGCUGGAGAUGGUGGUUUUCCAGCUGAACUACAUUCCCCACGAGGCUGUGCGUGCAGUGCAGGCUGUGCUUAAGCAGGCUUUGGCAGGAGCUGUUGCCGGAGGGUCAGGGUUUGGAGUUAUUGCCCUUGGCUCCUUCCACAGAUUGAUAGUGUGUAGCAGCCUGCUAGCAGAAGUUCUAAGUGAUGGCGGCCUUUUGGAACUUCUGCUUGGAGAACUACGCAGGAGGGCCAAGAUACUUAGGAAGUCUGGAGGAGCAGGUCCCCGGUCAAGUGAAGAUGACUCUGAGAGGUCUCUCACCACCAGCAUGCUCAGGGUGGUGGCUGCCCUCACUCUGCGCUCCAUCAGGAAUACGGUGUCAGUUCGUGACCUAGGGAUGAUUCCCUACAUUAAGAUCUUUCUAGAUGAUGAACAGUACAGAGGACUGACUCUCAGCAUCCUGGAGCAGCUGUCAGAGGUCAACCCAGAUGAGUUCAUGUCAACAACUAUUGGAGCACUCUGCUCCUCUACGCAACAUGAGCUGGGCCUUAAACAAGACCUGCUGCAGUCAAUACUUAAGGUCCUGGAAAACCCUAACAGUUGGGGGGCGUUCCGGCGAGCAGGGGGCUUCACCGGCUUGCUGUCCCUGGUGGUGGACAUGGAGGGGGCUCUGGGAGACCCUGGUGGUGUGUGGGGCUCCGUGGGACAAAAGGGGGUACUGGACCUCCUCCUCCUCAUCCUUCACACUCUGGCCCUGGCCGUCCAUGUAGACCCUGUGAGCUCCCACCACUUCCAGGCUGAAGGCUACUACGAGAAGCUGGCUGACGCCUUGCUCCAGCUGGGUUGUUUCCAGACUGAGGGCCAGGAGACGUCGGAGGUGGCGGAGGGCCCCGCUGGGGGACUGGUGAGUGACGGCUGGGGCCUGGCCGAGGGUUGCGGCCUAACGGACGAUCCUCACUCCCACGGACGGAGCUUCCACCAGUUUGUUGAACUGUCCGAGAACCCCACCCCUUCCUCUUCCGAGGCGCCGCUGCCCCCCUCCCUACAGGCAUGCAUCAGACUCCUCUCAUACCUGGACCAGUUUUCCACAGGAACCUGCGCCUCUCUGAAGACGGGGGCGGAGCAGGGGGGAGAGCGGGAGGCCCAGGGGAAACGUGGAAAGGGGGAGAGGCCACAGGCCAUGUCAUCCGCUACACUGACUCCAGAGGACGAGCUACAGGGGAGGUCCAGACCUUCUGCCCACUCCGUCUCCACGGUCGGCUCACAGAGCAACUACAGAGUUACAUGUGAACAAACCAUCCUGCAUCCUGGAGCGAUCCGAGUCAUUGUGACUCUCCUUCCUCAUGUCUUUCAGGCAGAGGAUCCCCAGCUUUCAAUAGAGGUGCAGUUCUCUGUAGCCCACCACCUCCAGGUGAUGGUGAAUUCUGAGAGGAACCGUCAGAUCAUCUGUGGGGGUGGUUUGGUUUCCACUUUACUAACCCACUUUCGAGGCACCCUGCUCAAAACAGACCACCCGCUACACCUGCCCGUCACACGCAUACUGGAGAAGCUCGCCUCACACUCCAUCUCCCACAAAGACUUCAGGUCUUUCCUGUGUCUGAGCAAUCCCCUAAUGUGCAAGGCGAGGAAAAUGUCUUCCAUGUCGGCUCCUGAAUCCCAAGCGCAAAGCCAGAGCCCAGAGGAGCCAGAGAUGACUUCAGAGGGAAAGAACAAUGCUAGGCCCAACGUGAAGACGUUAAAACGCUCGUUCAGCGUCCUCAGAUCCUUGCCUUCUGUUGCCUCUGAUGUCGGCCAGCCGCUCCCCCUGCACCAAAUCAUUAGUCUGGUCUCGAUGACGUCUCCAAGGAGUUUCCGACCUCACAGCGUGUCCACCUCUCCAGCCUUUGUGGAGUUUGAUAUGACUGAGAAUGGCUACGGCUGUCUGUUCCUGCCAUCCCUGGCUACAGUGAAAGGUGUAAAUGCUGACUCCAUUCCUACAGGAGGAAUAGGAGGAGAUUGUCGGGGUUUCCCGUCGGCGGCAGGCCUGUCGUUUUCCUGCUGGUUCCUCAUCAGCAGGUUCAGUUUGGCCUGUGAUUCCCAUCCUAUCCGGCUACUAUCGGUGGUGCGCCACAUGUCCCGUGCCGAGCAGCAGUACAUUUGUCUGUCGAUAUCCUUCUCAGCCGGCGAUGGAUGUUUGGUCAUCUCCACCGAUGAGGAGCCUUUUACCUUCCUUGAUAUGAUGGAACCGGAGAUGCGGCCCCCAAGCCAACUUCCAGGCUGUCUGAGAUUUAAAUGCUCCAGUUAUUUGACGCCUGGCCAAUGGCAUCACCUGACUGUGGUUAUGGCAAAGGACAUGAAGAAGACCUGCAAUGUCUCAGCCUACCUCAAUGGAAAAUCUGUGGGAGUAGCAAAGAUGUUGUACAUCCAACCGUUCCCGGGUCAGUAUGUUUCCAUGGAGCCCACUGCAGUGAUUGAUGUGUGUGCCUUCAUCGGGACGCCGUCGCUGUGGAAACAGCACGCUGCAUUGGUGUGGCGCGUCGGACCCACAUACCUGUUUGAGGAAACGCUGAGUCCGGAAGCUGUGAGGGUCAUCUACAACCAGGGAACUACCUACCUGGGAAACUACCUGGCUGUACACAACACAGGUUCUGGCCUGGACACCCUCACCCCUCUCAGGCUUGUCCCAGAGGAGAGGAUCUCUUUCGGGAUCAACACGGCCGUUGCAACCUUCACCACGGUAGCACAGAUUCGAGAGAGCUACAACGAAGUGGACUGCCGGCUCAUCGCCAAGGAGAUGGGCAUUGCGUCCCGGGAUAGCUCCACGCCGGUUUUCCUGUCUCUGAAUAUCAGCCAACACCUGACCGGCACUGCCCGCACCGUUGGAGCUGCCUUGGUUGGACACUUUGGCAUGCGGACCUUUGCUCCCAGCAGCGCAGGGGACGGCUUUCUGUACCUCGGCGGGCCUGUGGUGAUCUUGAGCUUGAUUGCCAUGGCGGCAGACGACGGAGCACUGUACGCGGCGGUGAAAGUUCUGCUGUCCGUGUUGGAAACGAGCCCUGCCAUGCUCCGGGAGAUGAAUCGAAUCAACGGCUACAAGCUCCUAGCAUUCCUGCUUAAGACGAAGAAUGGUUUGGUGACCCAUAGAACCUUCCAGCUGGUCCUGUCUCUCUCUGGAUCAGUGGAUCACUUCGGAUCUGGAACUACUAGUCUGCACAACAAACUGGCCUUUAGUACUCUACUCUGUGAUCUGGAGGUGUGGGAGAACACUCCAGACCAUCUGGACCUGUCUGUCCUUAACCACUUUGCAGAUAUCCUGAAAUCGUCAAGUGGUGACCAUGGUAACGCGGAGGUCAUGCACAACUUGGGUCUGGUGCUUAAACUGCUCUUCCUAUUGGCUGACCCCUCGGUGACCACCAGGAAGGUCAAGCUCAUCAUCUUUGUCAUCACUCGUCUGGUCAUGGGACACUUCACCUCCACCGACAUACGCAGACUUGGUCUCUUCCUGGUACAUACCCUGCCUCCUCCAAGUGUGAACGAGACCUCUGCUCUCUCUGACAACUGUCUUAAUGAAGACACUCAAGGCCAUAUUAGCAGUCCAGCCAGUCCUGUGUGGAUCCGUAAUCAGCUGCUGUCCUCUCUCUGUGACCUUGUGGGCUCAGACAGCCGUCUACCUGCAGAUGAGCAGAAAGAGCUGAUCCAGACACUGGGCAGUGAUUGGUUCCUGCUGUUCUUGCAGCCCCACCUCCACCCUUCCUCUCUCUGCCUGGGGCUCCGCUUAUUCACGUUUGUCUUGGCCAAUCAGAGUGAGCGGGACAGCUUCAUAGAGGGCGUGUCUCCGGGGAUCCUUUUAGAGAGCCUGGAUGAACCCCUUGGGAUCAUGGACAACCUGAGAUCUCAUGAGUGGUCCUGGGAGUGUCUGAGCGUAACGUGCCCUGGCUUCGACGUCCUGCAAAGGCUUCUGGUCCGCGAGGCUCACGUGCCUCAGGUGUACGGGGCACUGGCUGCGCUGCUGCUGGGGAAGGGAGCAGUGGACACGCCUGACGGACAGGUUCUGGAUGAGGUUCUGCAGGCAGUGAUUAACAGCAUAACACUUUCAGACUGGGCUCACCUACAGCUAUGUUCAAAGUCUGCAGCCUUACUUUUAGAGCUGGUCAAAGUCCUCAUCACACAGCAGACAUCUGCCGCUGAGGAUUCUUGGGAGUUGCAGUUUCCCGGCAGUGUGAUGCACUUCCUGUGUCUGCUGCACAGUCACUGCCCCCGGGACCCACUGUGGAUGUCUUCUGAGUUUCUCCAGGCACUCGCCAGCAUUAUAUUUCCCCCCCACUGCACUGAGGAAGAGGAGGGUCUUACAUGGGUGUGUCAGACUAACAGGAAGCAGGUGUGUGACUUGAUCCACGUCGUGUUAAUGGACAGCCUGCUUAACGUCCCCGUCAAGGAACACACACACCCCUUACUACUGCUGCUGGAGUAUUCCCCAGAAGGAGCGUUGUUGGAGCAGAGGCAGGUUUUCCAGACUGAACUACUUGAGUUCCUCAUGGAGAUCAUCAGCUUACCAAGCCAAGAGGAUGGACACACCACACACCCCAGUACACUGGACUCCAACUCCCAAAGGCCUGAGGGGCAGCCGGCCAUUCUGAUGGAGAACAUGGUGUUUUUCAUUCAGAAGUUUGUGGAGAAACUGUACAGCGGCUUGUUUCUGGUUGAGCCAGAGGUCUUACUCGUCUUCCUGGUUGACCAGAUAGUAGUGGUGUUGGAGAACGGCCAAUCACAGAGGGAGAACGCGGUCUCCUCCCUCUACAACAGCACCAACCGAGCCCUGCUCUACUUCAUGUCCCGCCCGCGGCGCACCCAGGUGGAACAGGAAGCUGUCAUUCGCACGCUGCGGGUGGUCGUCGCGCGCUGGGACGUGGUCAUGGCGACCUACAACGCCAGUGUGCACUUCAUCACCUGCCUCCUGCACUGCCUGCUGUUGAUACGUUCCGGCAGCUACCCGGAAGGCUUUGGGUGGGAAACGCACAAGAAACACAAGCGGAAAAUCCUCUCUCAUCUCUUCCCCUUUAAGACUAGACGCACUGCCACACUCACCCAAGUGCCUGAUGCGGACAAGGAGCUGAUGUCCCUGGUCGAGAGUGUGUGGUGCAGGACCCUGGCCGAGAGGCGCGCCCUUCUGGAAGACACUUAUAAGAUCGAGCUCUCAGCCAAUCAAGCGCAGAGGACCGGACCUGUCAGCAUGAGCGACCUCAGCCCGCUGUGGCAGGAGACGUCAGUCAAGGUGUGGCAGUUGUACACAGACAAUGUGAAGAGGAAGCUGAGUAGCAACACCCAGAGGAAACCUGGUGUCAUCAGCUCUGCACUUCGCUCUGUCCACAAACGACUGGGGAAGGAGAGGGGCACUGUGGAGGAGUUCCUGUCCUGUAUGGCGACCCAUAUGACGAGAGGUCAGGAGAUGUUUGAGAAUCUAAUGAAAAACCACAUACAGCUGCGAGCGUGUGAAUGGGAGUGUCUGGAGACUUUGUGGCUGCAGGUGGAGGAGGAGCUGCUCAGGGAGAGGGGCGUGUUCGGCCCCGGGCCGGGGGUGGUUCUGCCACAGGGCUGGGUCCAGGAUGCAGCCGAGGGUCCCAACCGCACCAGGCCCCGCAUCCGGCGGAGAGCCCAGCGUCGCUCCAAACGGUUGACAGAUAUGUGCCUAAGAAACGCUCUGUCUGAGGGCACCAGAGGAAGAACAGACACCAACUCAGAGCCAAGGAUCCUGUGUGACCUGGGCACCGAGGCAACGGAGGAAGAGGUGGAGGAAGAGGAGGGUGAGGACAGUGACCGUCUGACAUUUUUUCCAGUCCUGACUGAGACGACUACCACCGCUCCGACUAAGCCCUGCCCGGCCGAGCCCACGACCCCUGACUCCUGCUCGCGCACGCACACCUGCAGCCUAAUACACACCCUGCUGCAGGAACUGCAGCCCGCGGAGGAGAUCAAAGUAAAGGCCUGUGUGUUGGUGGUCAGUGGUUUGUCAGUAACAGAGGGCGUACUGCUGUUUGGGAGCGAGAGUCUGUACGUGUGUGAGGGCUUCACCCUAACCCCAACUGGAGACGUCUGCUGUAGGAAACAUCAUCCCACCAGUGUGCGUGACUCGUACAUUUCCAGUAUGUUGACUACAGACAUAACCUCAUCCAGACGGUGGCCGUACCAGGACAUAAGAGAGGUCCACUUCAUGCGUUUCCUUUUAGAGGACAAUGCUUUGGAGAUUUUCAUGCAGAACGGAUACUCCGUUUUUUUGGUGUUCUUCAAUAAAGACCACGUGUCUGCUUUCAAGAGGCUGUGUUCAUUGGCACCAGCCCUUAAAGGCAGAGGGGCUACGGAGAUCAUAUCUAAUGUCAGGAGAACUCCAGUGGAGAAGGCCGCUCUUGUUAAAUGGCAGCGUGGAGAGAUUAGUAACUUUGAGUACCUGAUGCAUCUCAACACCUUGUCUGGUCGGACCUACAGUGACCUCAUGCAGUACCCCGUCUUCCCCUGGGUGCUAGCUGACUACGAGUCGGAGACCCUGGAUCUGACCAACCCCGCAACAUUCCGUGACCUGUCUAAACCAAUGGGAGCGCAGACAGAGAAGAGGAGACAGAUGUUCAUUGAGAGAUAUAAUGAAGUGGACGUUAGUGAAGGCGAGCUGACUGCGCGGUGUCACUAUUGCACUCACUAUUCCUCGGCAAUCAUCGUGUCCUCCUUCCUCGUUCGGAUGGAGCCCUUCUCCCAGACCUACCUAACUCUGCAGGGAGGGUAUGAUGUAGCAGAGAGGAUGUUUCACAGUGUGAAGAAGGAGUGGGACUCUGCCUCCAGAGACAACAUGGGUGAUGUCAGAGAGUUGAUCCCAGAGUUCUACUACCUACCUGACUUCCUGGUCAAUGCCAACCACUUCAGACUAGGCUGUAUGCAGGAUGGUACCACACUUGGGGAUGUUGUCCUUCCUCCCUGGGCAAAGGAAGACCCUCAAGAGUUCAUCAGAGUUCACAGAGAGGCUUUGGAGAGUGACUAUGUCAGCUCCCACCUCCACCUGUGGAUUGACCUGAUCUUUGGGUGCCGCCAGCAGGGACCGGCCGCUGUGGAGUCCCUCAACACCUUCCACCCUUACUUCUAUGCAAAGAGGAGAGGAACAGGCAGGCAGGACCCCCUCAGCGACCCCCUUAUCAAAAGCACCAUCCAGGGCUAUGUCAACAAUUUCGGGCAAGUGCCCAAACAGCUGUUCACCAAGCCCCACCCACCUCGGACUGCCUCCAAAAAGGAGGGGUCAGCGCCUGCCCAGCCAACACCCUUUUUCUUUAGACUGGACAAGCUCAAGCCCUCCGUUCAACCACUGAAAGAGGUCCUUGGCGGUUCUGUGGGCCAGGUGGUUUGUGCGGAGAAAGAGGUUCUGGUUGUGGAGAAGAACCGACUUUUGAUCCCUCCCCUGUGGAAUAUAUAUUUCUCCUGGGGCUUCCCUGAUAACUCCUGCUCCUUCGGACAUUACACCACUGAGAAGACCUUUGCUGUAUGCGAGAGUGUGUGUGACUGGGGGCAGAUGCUGUGUGCCGCAUGUCCCAACCAAGCCACCAUCGUCACGGCUGGGACCAGCUCUGUGGUGUGUGUGUGGGAUGUUUCCAUCAGCAAGGACAAACUCAACCACAUGAAACUCAGACAGGUGUUGUAUGGUCACACGGACGCUGUAACGUGUCUGGCCGUGUCCGAGGUUCAUGGGGUGAUUGUCAGCGGUUCUUGUGACCUCACCUGCAUCCUGUGGGACCUGGAAGACCUCACCUAUGUGACUCAGCUGCCUGGACACAGGGCUAGCAUCACAGCGCUGGCUAUCAAUGACCUCACGGGGGAAAUAGCAACUUGCGCCGGGCCCUCGCUGUACCUGUGGACCAUGACGGGUCAGUUGCUCACCUGGCUCGACACGUCCUGUGGCGCCGAUGUCACCUCUGGCCACUCGGAGCGAGACAUCCUGUCCAUCUGCUUCACCCAGAGAAACGAGUGGGACUCACGGAAUGUUCUGGUGUCUGGCUCUGCGGACGGGAUCGUCAGGAUCUGGAGGACAGAGCACAACAGGACAUCAGCUGAUCCUCUACAGGAACCCCGAUCUCCAGGACUGCCAGAGACUCCAGUCGUAGAGGACGGGUCCGGUCGGGGUCAGAGCUGGGAGAGACACCUGGUGCUGUGCUGCGAGCUGAACAGGAGCCAAUCUGUGUCCAGGCGACGCUAUAAAAACAACCCUGCGGUCACCGCUCUGGCCAUGUCAAGGACCCAUGCUACUCUGCUUGUGGGAGAUGCUUGGGGUAGAGUGUUCACCUGGACCUGUGAGUGACACUGCCUGCCCUCCAGGACCCAACACUCGUCCCCUCCCUCACUCCUCCCCUCCACAACAUCUACACAGUCCAGUAAGAAAGAAGGAUGUUCUCCCUUCUCAGGACCUCUGGGAAGAGGAACAAAUUAGUAAGAAAUGGAGGAUCAAGAUUUGUCUCUUCAGGUUUUUACAAACUGUUUACAUGAGACCUUCUGACAGGAUGAAUGCAUUACUUGAAAGGAACACUGUUAAUUUGAUCAGUGGUAUAAAAUGUAAAAAUGUGGUUUUCAACGGUUACAGGAAACAUGAAGUGCCAGUUUCAUGGACAUUAAUUAAGCCUAGCCCUGGACUAAAAAAAUGAAGUCCUGCACUAGGCUUAAUCUGUGUCAGUAAAACAUUAAUCUGUGUCAGUAAAACAGAAAUCUUUACCAAUCACACUUCUGAAUGUAUUUUUAUGCUACUGAAUUUUCCUUUUGUGGAUGAUGAAUGAUUAUCUAAUUCUUUAUACCUGUGUAUAUCAUAGAUGGUAUUGAAUUACAAUAAACUAGGUUUGAUGUUUUGGUGUUGUGUUAGAGACAUUAUUUGAAGCUGCCGUGGCGACAGACAGACAGGCACACACUGACAGGCACACACUGAGUGUCAAAACAGGAAGUGCAUGCCUCAUAUGACUUGGUUUAUUUCAGGCAAUUCCUAAGCAGGGGAAACAAUGCAGUAUUGCAUUUAGGAAACAUUAUGUGGUGGCGUGAUCCCACAGGGUUGUUCUCAUAUGUAGAAACAUGCAGACAACUGAGCAAGGGAUUUUCCCUUUUAACUAACAACAAACAUGUUUCCUGAUGAGUGGCCUAUAUACUGAGGCAGUAAGCCUGGGUAAAGCCAUGUUCACACAUCAAUUGGUUUACAGUAUACAUGGGGAAUUAUUUUUUUUUUCUUAACAACAAAUAGCGCCCUGGGUUCUCCAGUGCCCUCUGAAUGCUUCAAUGGCUUCUAGGUGUGUUUAUUUUAUAGAAUUAAAUAAUGUAUAAUCUCAGCAUAGCAAUUGUCUGAGCUCUGUGCAGCAUAGACUGUCCUGCAGAAACUUCGUAACUACUGGGUAAAAAGCAGUUAUCAGAUACUCUGACCGUACUUGCUAGUACUAGAGUUACUGUGGACCUACUCAGAGUAGGGGAAAACUGCUGUCAACCAACCCACCCCACACUUAUGAAAUGCCUGUCAGAAUGUACCUUAAAAAUGCCGUUUAGGACUUUGCAUUUUACACAGUAAUAAAUGUUCUCUUUUUGGGUAGAUGUGUAGUAUGUUGUUUAUAUGUGCAUAAUCUGUAAGGGCAAUCACUGUUAUACCUUAGUGGUCCAUGAAAUAACUGGUUUUAAUGACAUGGUCCAUAAAUUACCUCGUACAAAACAUAGUAUCAAUUUUGGGGACCUUUAAUGGCUAAACAGGGAUAAUUUUACAUCAAGUCACGUGGACGGCAUCUUUAGUAUUACUGCCUAUAAAGCAGUUCAAAUGAUCUGUGAACUACUUUUUUACUGUUAACUUAAUUUUCUUAAUGUCUGUCUGCUUCAUACCUGUGUAUUUCAGUUUUUUCUAAAUACAGUGCCUUGCAUAAGUAUUCAAACCUCUUAUUUUACAGAAUUACAAUGGUACAGUUUUGUUCUGUUUAUUUUAAAACACUGACACCUAAAAAUUUAUUAUUGUAAGAUAACGUUGGUUUUAUGUUGGGAAAUUUGUUUUAAGACAGUUCAAACCGAUGAAAUUUCCAUAAUGCAUGGUUACUUAUCACUGACCUCCCCCUGUGAACCAUUAAAAUUGCUGUCACAAUAUAUAUACCAAAAGACAAAGCUGUUAUUGAGGCAAAUGAUGGCUCCUUAUAUUCUCACUUGCUCUUGACUUUAGUAUUACAGGGCUGGUCUUCCAGGGAUAAGGUGAUAGCUUCCUUAAGUAUUUAAAAACAAGAAAGGGAACCAGGCAGGCCUACUGUAGUUCUGCAGGCCUGCGAUUAGAAGGGAUAAAUGUUGUUGCACCUGGCUGGAUUCAAUCUAGGUUUCAUAUGUGGUAGUGUGUUUUUUUAAACACUAUGCUAUUUAAACAGCGUCUGUUGUUGCUUGUGAUACGGGUGUAGAGGUGUGGUGUCUGUUUACAUCUGCAACUGUUAAACCAAUCAGUCAAAACUCCAAAAAUCUUGAAACUAUUUCCCUACAUUAGCUAACAUCCAAACCCAUGUUUAACAGGGUCACUAUACUAUAUUCAAUGCAUUAAAUUACCAAAGAGAUUAAUGUAGAUGGCUAGCUAUACAGUAAUGAAAACAACGACUCCAAUCACUCCAUGGCUGGUUUCACUACGCCAUGUGAACUACACUAUGUAAAUCGAGAUUGAUUUCAGUCAGGCACUCACUCAGUAGCUGAAAUGGUGGUCAAGAGAAGGCAAUGUGCCGAAGUGUGCAAAUGAAGAACUAUUCACUAAUGAAAGGGGACAUGUAAGGCUGUAACAGUGGAAAUGAGUGGGAAUGUAAGCCAUGGAAAGGACGUCAACCAGCCCAUUGAAAACACUGAGGAACCCGGCGAGGAAACGCACAGUCUGCUCCCUCGCUGCCUCCAUCUGCAUCCCUCUCCUUCACAUAUUCAAAUGUCUGUUGUGCCAGUGAGUGCUGAGCGUCUGCCUUUCUUUCCAAUAAAUCAUGGUCACAUGUC